AUGAAAAGCAUAUAUCUUCCUGACUCGAGCAAUGUCUCGGCGGAAGACGCAAUCAAACUUCACGAAGUUGCUAAGACCAUUUUCAAAGCAAAAAAAACAAGCAUACUAACAGGAGCCGGGAUUUCAUGUAACGCCGGGAUUCCUGAUUUCCGUUCCGACGAAGGUUUGUACAAUAUUGUCAAAGCCAAGUAUCCUACCAGUUUCAUCAAGGGUCAGGAUUUGUUUGAUAUCUCUUUGUUCCGAAAUGCCACUACCUUGUCCAUUUUCUGCACUUUUAUGGAGGGUCUUUACCAACAUUCUUUGCGGGCCAAAGCUACAGAAACCCACCGAUUCAUCAAAACCUUGAAGGAGAAAAACAAACUCCUCAGGUGCUACACACAAAAUAUUGACAGUUUAGAGAAAACCAUAAAUCUCAACUGCGGUAUAGAUGUAUCUAAAUUCAGUGAAAUUGGAAGCACCUCUGGUAGGUCUUUCCGAGAGAACUGGAACAGUUUGGAUGUUGUGCAGUUGCAUGGAAACUUGCAUAAGCUCUGUUGUACCCAGUGCUUCUCCCGCUAUGAUUGGACGCCGCAGAAUCAGAAGAUGUUAGAAAACGGCCAAUACCCCGAGUGUGAAAAUUGUCAUCUCAAAUACCAAGAAAGGUUGUACUCAGGAAAAAGAUUGACAGGCAGCAUUGGGAUUUUGCGCCCGGACAUAGUUCUCUAUGGAGAGAACCAUCCACAAGCUGAAAUUUUGGCCCGUGGAUUGAAUAUUGAUAUUGGCAUGAAGUGUGACUGUCUUCUAAUCAUGGGUACUUCUUUGAAAGUAGACGGUGUCAAGAAAUUGGUGAAGAGUCUUGCGAAAAGUAUCCGUGAACGGGGAGGAAAAGUCAUAUUCGUCAACAAGACUCCUUUAUCAAAACAAUGGGCCAAUCUAGUUGACUUUCAAGUCCUUGGGGAUUGUGAUGCUUUUGUCAGACGUUUAAAGACAGAGAUUCCUGACUUAUUCUUGACACAAGAGCAACUUGACUCCAAGAGACUUCUAACAAAGAGCUACCCCGUUGCUGUCAAGCAAGAACUUACCAAAAAAUUUGUCGAAUCGAUCAAGAAGGAGAUCAAGCUAGAAGUGAAGUCGGAGCCGGUUCUUACUCCACCCUCAACACCGAGUAAGAAUCGCACUGUCCUUUUACCAAAGACACGAAAAAGGCCGUCGCUCAAAAGAACCAAUACCAGGAACGCUAAUGAGAAGAAGAUUACUUUACCCUCUCCUGAGUCUAGCUUUUCUGACAACAUCAAGGUUGAAAGUGAAAGUACUGUGACUACGGACUGUGAUGAAGAUGUUUCUUUGGAAAACUUUGGCGUGGUACAUCUGUGUGCCGCACCUUACCACAAACGUAUCAAAAUCGAAUAG